UCAUCAUCUUUCCAUCUAAACGUAUCCCCUUCGCCUCUCUCUUUAUCCCCAAAGCAUUAUUUUCAGCUUUUGCCCGCACUGUUUUGUUCAACAAUGCGAGGGUUCAUUUUUCUGUUGGUGCUUCUCUGCUCCACCUUCCGCACCUCCUUCUCGCUUAUAGUCGACGGACUGGUACCAAAUGGUAACUUUGAGCUCGGGCCGAAGCCCUCGGAGAUGAAUGGCACAGAAGUUCUGGGAAAAUUUGCCAUACCAAAAUGGGAAAUUUCUGGGUUCGUGGAGUACAUAAAAUCGGGGCAAAAGCAAGGAGACAUGUUGCUGGUGGUGCCAGAGGGAGCCUUUGCUGUUAGGCUCGGAAACGAGGCAUCAAUUAAGCAAAGAAUCAAAGUAACUAAGGGCAUGUACUAUUCCAUCUCCUUCAGCUAUGCUCGCACUUGCGCACAGGAUGAGUCGCUCAACAUAUCAGUGGCGCCAGAUUACGGCGUGCUGCCGGUGCAAACGCUGUAUAGCAGCAACGGCUGGGACACCUACGCUUGGGCCUUCAAAGCUUUGUAUGAUACUGUGGAGUUUGUUUUGCAUAAUCCUGGAGUCGAAGAGGAUCCUGCUUGCGGACCUCUCGUUGAUUCGGUUGCCAUUAGAACGCUUUACCCUCCUAGACCUUCCAACAAGAACUUGGUGAAAAAUCCGAGCUUUGAAGAAGGUCCUUACGUGUUUCCCAACACAUCAUGGGGCGUCCUCAUCCCACCCAACAUUGAAGACGACCACUCGCCAUUACCGGGCUGGAUGGUUGAAUCCUUGAAGGCUGUCAAGUACAUAGACGCCGAGCAUUUCUCCGUCCCACAUGGGCGGCGAGCGGUGGAACUUGUCGCCGGAAAAGAAAGCGCCAUCGCCCAGAUCGUCCGAACCAUCCCGGGAAAAAUUUACACGCUGUCGUUCUCAGUAGGCGAUGCCAGCAACUCGUGUGAAGGUUCCAUGAUUGUCGAGGCAUUUGCAGGGAGAGAUACAAUCAAAGUCCCUUAUGAAUCAAAAGGCAAAGGCGGAUUCAAACGUGCCGUGCUCAAGUUUGUGGCGGUUUCUACACGAACUCGCAUCAUGUUCCUUAGCACGUUUUACACCAUGAGAAGCGAUGACCUUGCAUCGCUCUGCGGCCCUGUUCUUGAUGAUGUGACGCUGUUGAGUCUUCGUAAACCGUGAACCAGGCCAGCCGUUUGAAUUGAAGGCUUGGAGUACUUGGUGGUAACCCACGAAGCUUAAUGGAUGUGACGUGACAGCCAUUGCAUGAUUAAGCAAAAUUAGUUGCAUGGCUUGGAGAUAUAUAAAAUAUAAGAAUGUUUUUGUUGCAUAAUUAAGGAAUAUUAAUAUAUGAGUUCACAAUA